AUGAGUUCCACCGCCGGGGGAGGCCCGUUUCUGAGGUUCCGCGAUGUCGCCAUUGCUAAAAGUCCAAAGCCGCCGGAGUUGGAGCGUGGUCAGGCUGAGCGGCGUCGUUCGCUCAUGGAUGGCGUGAAAAGGGGCAUAGCUAAAAAAUUGUAUAAGCCAUUAGGGCUUGGCACGUUCGACACGGCUGAAGUAGCAGCCCUUGCCUAUGACACCGUUGCCCUCAGAUUCAAAGGCACCAAGGCCAAGCUCAAUUUCCCCGAACGAGUUCAAGGCAACACUAGUACUAGCAUCCCUAGGAACGUGUACCCUCCUAGCAAUCUAUCGUCAUUGUCCGGACAAAACAUCAAUGCCAUGCCGUUUAAUCCAUCAGUGACAAUGACGGCAUCGUCUCAUGAAGCAUACCCGGACUUGAUUCAAUACGCGCAGCUUCUCUCAAGUAGCGAUGCGGAGUUCCCCUUCAUUACUUCGACCUUGUUGGGUCAAGAGCACUUUGGUUCCCCAUCUUUGAUGUCGUCGUCUCGACAAGACGAGGUGGCGAGAUCAUCUAGUUAUGAUUUUCAGGAUGCUGAGGAAUACAAGCCUGGUGACCGAAGCAAGUGA